GGAUGCCGGACUCCCCCUCUCCACUCCAAGCAACGAGGCCUGCAGACUGUAUGAUGCCACGCUGACUCAGGGUGAGUAGCGACUGGCAUCGUAGAAGCUUCCGAGAGACCAUCUAAGGUGCCACCUGUGGUGCAAAGAAGAAGGAAGAAAAGAAAACACUCACAUAAAGCAGUUGGUCUAAAGGGCCCAGAGACCACUUGACCCGUAGCCUCUACUCUCUGGAGACCAGAAGACCGAGAAGUAUGUCAAGUGGACCAAUGACAAGAGUCUCGGUGGCCUGCAGGGCAGCCUGGAAAAGCUCAAAGCAGCAGACCCGACCUUCGCUGGACCCAGAGCUGGCCCGGAACCUGAAGACGAUGGUGGAGAAUUCUCAGGCCCAGCCACUGACCCCGAGGGAGCGGCUGCACGUGUCUGCGGUGGAGACCUUCGCCAAGGGGGACUUUCCGGGAGCUUGCAACCUGUGGGAAGCAAUCCUCAGAGACCACCCGACAGACAUGCUGGCCCUGAAGUUCUCCCACGAUGCCUACUUCUACCUGGGCCUCCAGCAGCAGAUGAGAGAUUCCGCUGCUCGUGUUUACCCCUUCUGGACCCCGGACAUGCCCCUCAGCAGCUACGUGAAAGGCAUUUAUUCUUUCGGAUUGAUGGAAACCAACCUCUACGAUCAGGCGGAAAAGCUCGCCAAGGAGGCUCUGUCUGUGAACCCAACGGAUGCGUGGUCGGUGCACACCGUGGCCCAUGUCCAUGAAAUGAGAGCGGACAUCAAGGAUGGCCUGGAAUUCAUGCGGCGCUCAGAGCCCAACUGGAAGGAUGCCGACAUGCUGGCCUGCCAUAAUUACUGGCACUGGGCUCUGUACCUGAUCGAAAAGGGGGAGCAUGAGGCUGCGCUGACCAUUUACGACAACCAUAUCUUGCCCAGCCUGCAGGCCAGCGGUGCCAUGCUGGACGUGGUGGACAGUUGCUCCUUGCUCUACCGGCUGCAGCUGGAAGGCGUGCCAGUGGGCAGGCGCUGGCAGGACGUGCUGCCCGUGACGCAGAAACACAGCCGUGACCACAUCCUGCUGUUCAAUGAUGCCCACUUCCUCAUGGCCUCCCUGGGGGCCCAGGACACCCGGACAACGCAGGAGCUGCUCUCCACUCUGCAGGAGGCCAGCGACUCCCCGGGGGAGAACUGCCAACACCGCUUGGCCCGCAAGGUGGGGCUUCCCCUGUGCCAGGCCCUGGUGGAGGCUGAGAGUGGGAACUCGGACCGGGCCGUGGACCUGCUCCUGCCCAUCAGAUACCAGAUCACCGAGAUCGGAGGCAGCAAUGCACAGCGCGAUGUCUUCAACCAGCUGUUGAUUCACGCGGCCUUGAACUGUACCUCGAGCGGCUACCGGAACCUGGCGAGGAGCCUUCUGAUGGAGCGUGACGCCUUGAAGCCCGGCUCGCCCCUGACGGAGCGGCUCAUUCGCAAGGCCGCUGCGCGCCACCUCCUGCAGUGACGGCCUCCACCCUCCAGGGAACCCUCCCUGGGCUGGGAAAGGUGCAGCCCUACCAGAUGGUGGUGCUGGAAGCCAACUAGGGUCCCCGGAGCUGCCAGUGGGUGAGCCUGUCUACACCAGGCCUCAUGACAAAAGGGGACACCGAUGACUUUGACUUGUAAUUCAGGGACGUCCUCCGAUCGGUGUGCAGGUGUCAGAGUGCACACCUUAAUCUGCCUUACAAAUUGUGUUUCCCAAGGGGACCCUUCCUGACUGGGAGGUGGGAGGACUGGUGGGGGCAGGCAGCUGGGACCAGAGAAACUUCUAGCCCAGCCCUUUAGCAGUAGCCCCCUCCAUAGGCUGCCCAGGUCUUAGCUCCCCGGAAUUGCCCGUAUCUUAUUCUUGGCAGGGUCUCGCUUUCAGAUGGAAGGGGCCCAGCUACUGAAGGCCCCAGGAGGAUUCGCCACAGGCCCAACUGCCCUUCCUUAGGCAGAGGACCCCGCCGGCCCCUCUCCUCCAGACAGACACACCAUGGGGCGGGCCUUCUGCCACCUGGAGGGCCCUCUGAGUGGGAUGCUGACUUGGGCUUGCCUGCUCCAUCCUCCCAAAGUCUCUGGCUCCUUUCCUGUGUCAGCUCCAUAGUCCUGCAGACGCAACUUUCCGGGGUUCAAGCUCAGAGCUGCCCCUACACUGUGACACUCAGCCUUUGCCACAUCUGAGCCUGCUGUAAUAAACACGACCACUGCCUGCA